AUGUUCGGAAAUCGCUAUGGAAUCUACAUGCAAGAAGAGGAAGGCGGAGAAAACUGUGGCACCGACGAAGAAGGGCAAGACAAUGUCGAUAGCGUUUGUCAAAGUUCCUUUGUUACAGAUGAGGAUGGCUAUGGAGAAAGAAAUGUUGAGUGUGGACAAUCUGGAUCACGUUACUCAGAUAUUGACGGAUUUCAAACUGAAGGUGGGUCCCCAAUUUCACAUUUCCGUUUGGAUAAUUUUGAUCGGUCUAUGGCACCCGGGACAUUUUGCAACAUUGAUGAACCCAAAGAAAUGGACGACUACGAGCCUGGCAAGCGACGAGCAACUGGAGGAAUGCAAUAUGGAGGAUAUUCCUAUGAGGGAGAGAAUCAAGGCCAUGUUGCUCGUAGCUCGCCAAUUUAUGAGCACAUGCUUAGAAGAAUUGUUGAUCGAAUUUGUGACAUCGAUUUUCGAGGGAAUGAUCGAUACAUCAGCGACGUUAUUGUCCCCUGCGGACCUAACGGAGUUGAUGAAGUUACUAAAGAAUUACAAAAUAUGUUGCGACAGUUCCCUCCAAAGCUCCCAGUCAUCGUCACAGUCCAUGGCGACCUUGUCCAUAGCGUCCACGUCUGCCGACAGUCAAACUCGGCUUGUCAGUGUAUAUGGUUGCAACGAUCCGUCCUCUAUCGCCAACAUGGACGACGUCGCCUUCGAAGAAGCGUUUGGGCGAUAUUUUUUUCGUUUGGGGCCGGGAACCCCAACAAAUUGACGGCGUCGGUUCCUAUGGAGGAUUACGUGAUGGACGCAACUUUAUAUAAGUAUGUGGUCAAAAGUUACUUGCAAUAUGUUCGUAAUUCGUAUCUAAAAGAAGUGUUCAUGUCGACCAUCGUAAAAAAAUAUGGGUCGUCGUAUCGCUUUAAUGCCACUCAUUAA